CCCAGCAGGACGACAACCGACAGCCCCAACAGGACGUCGGCUCGCAGCCCUAGCAGGACGACGACCGACAGCCCUAUCAGAACGUCGGCACGCAGCCCCAGCAGGACGACAACCGACAGCCCCAACAGGACGUCGGCCCGCAGCCCUAGCAGGACGACGACCGACAGCCCCAUCAGGACGUCGGCCCGCAGCCCUAGCAGGACGACGACCGACAGCCCCAUCAGGACUUCGGCCCGCAGCCCCAUGAGGACGUCGGCCCGGAGCCCCAGCAGGACAACGAUUGACAGCCCCAGCGGGAGGGCUCUCCAGUCAGUGAGGAGCCCUAGCAAACCCGCAAGCCCAGCCCUCAGUCGACUACAGCAGCCGCCGGCCACGCCGCCGAGCCCCCGCAAGCCUCCCCUGGACACGGGGCUGGGUCCCCGGGCCGCGGGCCAGGACUCAUCGCCUCCUAAGUCACCCACCCUGAGGCGGAUGCUAACGCCCAACAAACUGGGCGCGCACAGCGCCGGGUUUCAAAAGACUUUAGAGUUUUGGAAGCGGUAGACUGGGCGCGAUGUGGUGGACUGAGGGAGGAGCGCUCCGGUGAGGAUCAAGUCAGAUGGGCGUUUCUCUCGGGAUUUGAUCCAGUGUCUGUUGCAUUGUCGCGGCUGAGCGGCAAAGCAACUCAAAUCCCGACUGAUACGUCCUGUGAUCAUAUUUUACUGUGUGGUAUUAUCUCGUGUAGUUAUAAGAUUUUUUUAAAUGUCUAACAUCCAACUUUUGUGGUACUUUAUAUUGCGCCUUUGACCUGUGUAUGUAUAUAGACACCUAUCUAUUAUUAAAUGUUCGGACCACUAUUUGUGGGACCUUUGUACUCGACUUUUGUGACUUUUAGUAAAGUUUGUUUAAAAAUUAGUUGUACUGUACUUCCGUUUGCAUCCUGUUCCACACGUCUUUGCAGCUCUCUCCUGGAUACUAUAGUUAGGCCUUAGCGUAGCACAAUACGUAGUGUUUUCCUCCCACCACGUCUUCGGCCCUGGUGUGCUCUGUGGAGUGAAUUCCAUUUACCAGUUAAUGAGCUGUAAUUGAUUCCGCAGAGGUCCCUAGAAUAACUUUCCCCCUUUCCGGGGGAUCAAUAAUUAAAACUUCUUCUCCGAGUUAGGCCCGGCAUCCCUUUGUCACACCCCAGCGCCCCAACUCGAGUUCGUUUUCUUUUCCCCGCGAAUGCAGUCUCCCAUUUAUAAUCUUUGGGGUCGAGUCCUCUUACUCCGGUUCCCUGACUACUUCAGACUUUUGAUUCAUUUCUUACUACCAACAACACGACCGUGUGGAUGGAUUGAAUAGGGGAAAUGUUUGGCUUCCGUCAGAAACUUAUGUGCUGUAUCGUUAAUUCCAAAGUUUAACAAAAAAAUUAAAGCCAUUUUUUUAAAUCUCAAUACGACGGCCAGCAUUCCUUUGCCCUUUUUACGAUGCGAAGGAAGGACAGUGACGAAUUGCGCAUUAAUCUCGCUGAAAAUGAAGACAUACGGUUGGUGGCAGUUUCCUGCGAGUGUGCGGUUAGGUGGGUCCACCUCCACCUGGCUGAACUGAGGCAGGUGGACACGGCUGCUUGUGGCCUCUACUCUUGUCGGACUGUCAUUGUCUCUCGCCCCUUUCGAAAUGCGAGAGCUUGCCUCGGAAUACUAAAGAACCUGGCCGGCGCCUCAAACGCUUCGAGCGCUUUUUAGUUUGGCGCACGUGUCUGUGUACUGGAAAACGGACUGUAGGUACAGUUUUCAUAGAGGUCAUCCCUGCUUGGAGCAGCUCAUCAGUGCCAAUCGAAGGCAGGAAUAUCCUUGAUCUAUCGGUUCGGUGUCUUAUACCUUCUGCGCUAGCUUGUGAAGCUAUAUGCUUUCCUAGCUUUCCGAUACACUUUCCGCCGGGUGUUUCGGAGCACGCAGUGUUUGCGAGCGGGCUUGCCAACUCACAGGGGGCGCCUCACAGUUGGUCGAAGAAGGCAAAUCCGCGUGCAACUGAACACAAUCGUCACAUUCCUCGCUGGCAUUUUGUCUCUCUGGUGACGGCUCAUAAGGUGGGGAAGGUGCGGUCCUCGCGACAGACACAUCUGUCAGAGUGCUGUCGAGGGAAAGUCUAGCGCUGUUCAGACACACACCGGCGGGGCAGCGGGACACGAGUAGGUAACUGUACCGCCCGCUCCGUGCGCCGAGUUGUUAAUUGGUAGCUGUGUCCGGGGGGGUGCCAACGCUGUCCUUUGACCGCGCACACUUUUCUGACGCGGACGUGCGGAGCGGACCGGGAGUGGAGGGCGACGACUCGGGGCCCGGGCCGUCAGUCUGCAGGAGCCAUGAGCCGACUGCACUUCGUCGCCCUGCUGGUGCUGGGGCUGCUGGCCGUCGUGGUCCUGGCCAGCGCGGACCGACAUGAGCGCUUCUUCCCCCUGCUGGGCUUCGGCUUCGGGCCGCCACCGCGCGCCGUGCCCAACUCGCCGUGCGUCACGCAGAACGGCCUGAACGGCACCUGCUCCAGCCGCAGGAACUGCGCGGGCGUGUCCGGGGGCGUCCCGGCCGGCGACUGCGCCCGCGGGCUGGGCGUCUGCUGCGUCGUGGCGCUGUCGUGCGGGACGACCAGCAACGCCAACUUCACGUACUUCACCAACCCGGGCUACCCGGCCACGUACGCGGGCGGCGGUCGCUGCACCAUCACCAUCAACAAGUGUGCGGGCGUGGACCAGGUAGGCGCCGGGAGGGUCGGCAACCCAACGGGCUCUGGCGUGCGGCGCGGGGCCGCGCGCGACUCGGUGGGCUGAGGUGGCUGAGGGCGGUGGCUGGGGGAGAGACCUGCCGGACCGGCCGGCCCGAAGGCCCUCCCCGCCGAGGCAAUCAGCCAAGUCGGGGAAGUUUUUGUUUUCACUUUUUGCCCUGCUUUCCUCUCGUUUCUGCUGCGCGGAGCAGCCAGGGGGGCUGGAGGGCUGAUUGGAGCCGCCGAUCGCGGCGAUAACGCUGUUUUCCCGCACCCUCCUGUGCUUCUCUGUGCGCGCCGACUUUCAUCGAACGUCAAACAAAACAAUUGGACAGACUCCUCAUGUUUUCACAAACGGAACGACAAUAACUCAUCCCCCCAUCGCCCUGAAAGUUUUCUGAGGGGCUGACGAGAGGGCCUAAGGGGGAGCUUGGCGGCGGCGCUAGCGAGUGGGAUUUCGAGUGAGUG